AUGUACGGUCGGCCCUUCCAACACCAACACGCCACGUAUGGUGCUCAUGGAAUCGGGCUAAGCGUAUGUGUAGUUGGAGGAAACCGGGGCGACCCUUUGGAGCUUGAUUUCUUGGAUGAGAAUUCCAUCUCUUCUGCCGCCCGGGCGUAUGGCAACAAACCACUUGACGUCGUCAUCAAUGUUGGAGGCCUCCCACCGAAUCCAAAGCCAUGGAAAGACCAGACAAGCUCCCUUAUGCUUGAGAGGCUUCGUGUAAUGACGAUUGGCCCGUACCUUACAAUGACAGAGGUUCUGCCGCAACUAGAGCUGGCCCCAAAUCCCAAGGUUAUCAAUAUACCAUCUUCUUUUGGCUCCAUCUCGAAACCUGGCUUUUUGUCUACUAGGCUGACGGACUGGGACGGAGAAGAUGAUAUGGAAACCUGUAUCAAGGGACUGAUGAAAAUCAUCAACUCUAUCUCACAUGAAGACAAUGGUGCUUUCUUUAAAUGGGACGGUAGCAGGAUCCCAUUCUAA